AUGGAUGCUUGUACUGAGCGGUCCACACCUCCUCUGUCCGAUUGCGAGACUACAAGCUCAACUCGCAUUGACCUCUCCUCACCUCCUUUUGCUCAGACUGGUUCCAAGUUGCCGCCCUAUCGUAAAUCAUACAGUGUCACCUCUGCCUUGGACUCUGAACGUUCGAUCUGUUCCAAUACAAAGGAGAAACUAGCUCAACAUAGCCGCAACCACAGCUGCAGCAACCUCCCCUUAGCCCCCGCCUAUGAGCUCCAGUUUGCAAAGAAGCAAAUUCUCGGUGGCUCAUAUGGACCUUUCAACCUCCAAGACUUGCACGAGGGUAGGAAACUUCUUCAGAGAGGUUUAUCUCAUAUGUCCAACAAUUCCUUCUGCAAGGCUGUUCAACUUAAACAGGCCACUAAGGAAGACCUCUGCCACCAGCUCAUGUAUACUACCUGGCGGCUCGAACGUAACAGGAGAGAAAAAUCUUUCCUGAAAUCUCUCAAGGGCUUCAUCACUAGCCGGGGACUCCUGGCCUUAGAAGACGAUAAAGACUACCUUGAGGCAGUCUUUUUGGAAGAACUGGACCAGUAUGACAUUGCCAGCGAGCAGUACGACCAAUUUUUGACUCAUGCAGAGAAAUCACAUGACCAACCCCAUGAUCUGUUGUUGCUUUCGUUUAUAGGAUGGCUGUUCUCAAUCCAUGCCCCCACGAAAGCCAAUCCAACAAGCAAGACACAUGUCAAACAAGAAAAAAGAACCACCGCAACCGAAAAAAAAACUCCAAUGUCAACGCAUCAGGUCGCAACAUUGCAACCCAACUCGGUCUACCUGAAGAUCAGCCAGAAACUCCCGAAUGUCUCUGCAGCACGUCGCCACAGUCACUUCCAAUACCCUCAGCAACACAACCACAACCCCCCCCCCCCCCAGCCUCCAGGGCAUCAUCAGCCCGACCUUUACCAGUCCAUCGAUCACCCUCCACAGCUCAAUCACCCUCUGCAGCCCAAUCACCCUCUGCAGCCCAAUCACCCUCUGCAGCCCAUCAAUUACCCCCCGCAGCCCAUCAAUUACCCCCCGCAGCCCCAACAGCAUCAGCAAGAUGACUUCUACCCACAGCAGCCUCAACCUGAUGUAUUGCCUGACGAGCAGCAAAACCCACCAGACUUCUUUCACAAGCCUCAACAGCAUCAGCAGCACGACUUCUACCCACAGCAGCCUCCACCUGAUGUCUUCCCCGACGAGCAGCAGGACCCGCCAGACUUCUUUCAAGACCUUCAAUAUGACAAAUUCUUUCCGUUUGGAGGCUCCGGCGUCCCACACUAUAUGCGGUGGGAUCUUGGAACCGCCACUGCACCACAUACACCAGCACCAGCACUAGUACCGGCGCCAGCACCAACAUCAGGGCCAGCAGUCGUCGGUGUGGUGUUGGCCUGCAAGCGAGAAGGAGAGCGAGGCGAAUUUACCCAUGGAGUGAUACAUACGCUGGAGAUGGAGUGUCCGGUCGGUCGUCAACACACCAUCGACCGCCAUCUCCCUCCUACCCCAGCUCCUGGACCAGCACAACUAAUGAUACCGGCCUCUGUCAUCACUCCUGCAGCCACUCCCCCAGCCAUUACAGCCCUAGUCAAGCUCAAAAAAAAGGAAAUCAAGACAAUCAAGACUAGGGCAAGGACGAACCUCCGUCGCACAAUGCUGCAAAUGGAGGGUGUUUCGGCAACGUGCAAACAACAAAAUGCGCACAUUUCAAAUGCCUUGCGGGACGCAAGGAUUGAUUUGAUCGGCGAUGUUCCGUACGAAAAAUUUGAGACACCGAAGGUACACGAAGAAAUGGUGACGUUGAUGUCACAUACUCGGAGACUCUUCAAAACAUAUGCCUCCCACAACAUUCUCAAUGCCCUCAAUCUGCGCCUCCCACCUGCAGAAAGGGCUAACGUAGUACAAGGCUAUCUCUCCAGACUGAACUUCCUGCACAAAGUUGAAAUGGUUGACGGAAUUGAAGUCACGCAUUUUCUGGAGGCCAACUACCUUAUCGACAUGAUUGUCGACAUCGACACUGAGAGACUCGACUGCGUGUUCGGCCUUGCAGGAGCCGCAGGCAGCAGUUCACAACGCCCUCAAGGCAUAUUUUCGAUUAUAGCGUUGAUCAACAGGACAAGGCUUGAUGAUGCGCUGAGGGAGAGGUACAAAUCUUUGUGUAAAUUGAUCAUCAGGCGUGGAGAGGCAGAUAUUGGGCUUUAG